AUGCUUUCAGGCGCAUUUAUCAGCGAGCUUUACGUAAUCUAUAAGAGUUUCAGCCGGAAUUCCACGCAAUACAGAUUCUUGGUAGAUCAAAUGAGAGACCACCAAGUUACCCAGCGUGUAUAUUCGAAGGCACCAGAGGAAGCUGAGCACGUAGCCAAUCUUUACGCAACAUAUUUGUCAAGCACUCGGAAUUUGAAGGAGCUCGAAAGACGGUAUCGUGGAAAGGAACGAUCAGUUGAAGAAAGUGCAAAUCUGGUGGGAUUAGCCCUUCCAGAGAAGAAAUAG